UUUUCAUGAGCUCUUAAAGUUUAUUGUUUUAGGUGUAGAUAAAUGUAAAAAAACAUGUAUUGAUGAUGAGUGAAAACAAAGAUCCUGAUCAGGAUGGUGUAGUGAACAGUAAAAGAAAAAAAGCAUUGAGUAUUGGUGAUUAUUUCUCAAAACGAAGGAAAAUGUCAGCUUCUAAUAAUGAUACCCAAGAUGAUAACAAGAAAAGGCGGGAACUGUUGGCAUCUGCUGCUGAGAAACGAUUAGAACAAAAUAAACAAGGAACUGCAUCUUUGCACGAGUCUGCUGCUGAAAAGCUAUUGGCUAACAUAACAAAAGAAGCUAAGUCGCCGAAUGACACAAACGAAAAUAACUCGUUGAAUAACUGCGGUACUUCGGGAACGAGUCAUGAUGUUAGUGUAAAUAAAGCAGAGGUGACGAUACCUGGCAGAUUUAAGAGGACGCCAUCAAGCUCUGAGGUGUUGCCCAAGCUGACUCCCACAGAUACCCAUACUAUUUUAUUUCGACCUCAUGUUUUGCCGAAUAAAAUACCGAGGCCAUAUCCAGACACGUAUAAAGACAUGUGGGAUAAAAACCACGUCAGAAUGCCUUGCUCACCCGAAAAUCUUUAUCCGACGCAUGAUAAGAAAAUUCAAAAGCGCUGGGAGCUGAUCGAGGCAACAUUAUUACAGCCGUUUCAGUCAUCGCAUGAUUUAGAAGAGGCGAUUUUGGUGUACAACCACCAUUACAAAGAGAAAUGGAAUUUCGAAUGUUGGCAUAGUUACUGUAAUAUUGAAUUGGGAGAAGAUCAGCGGGAGGACCUCUUUGGAACACUUUUGCCGAACAUGGUUCAGUUAGCUUUGCAGUUACCUUCUGUUGUUACGACGUCACCCAGACUCUUACGCCAAGGCGUGUCGCAAAGUAUUACAUUUUCGCAAAAGCAAGUCGCUUGCUUGUUAGCAAACGCGUUCUUUUGUACCUAUCCUAGACGGAACUCGUUAAAAAACUCGGAAUAUUCGGCUUAUCCGGAUAUUAAUUUUAGUAAGAUAUUUCGAGGCUUAAAAGAUGUAGUGAACACCGUAAAGACUGAAAAACUGAAAACGGUUUUAAAUUACUUUCGUCGAGUUUUAAAAGAAAUGCCGACCGGGACGGUGACAUACUCGCGGAACGUACUUAGCGAGAGUAAAACGCCGCUUUGGGAAAAGCGUACCGACGAAUUUUGUGAUCUGUUUGUUUCGUCCACCGGCACUAUUGAAGACAAUGGCGAAGGUAUGCUGCAGGUGGAUUUCGCCAAUCGAAUGAUUGGAGGUGGUGUUGUGGGCGAGGGGUGUGUGCAGGAAGAGAUCCGUUUUCUGAUAUGUCCGGAACUUAUACUCGCUAGGUUAUUUACUGAAAAACUUGAACCCAACGAAAGCUUAGUGAUAACAGGUGUAGAAAGGUUCAGUAGAUACUCUGGAUAUGCGCAGACGUUUAAAUACCAGGGCACGUACCACGAUUUCACGCAAAGAGACCGUUGGGGAAGGCUCUACACGCAGGUGGUCGCAAUCGACGCACAUGUGUUUCAUAACUACACAGACCAAUUUAAAUCUGUGAGCUUAAAGAGAGAACUAGAAAAAGCUUACUGCGGAUUUUUAGACACUUCAACGUCACAGCCUUCUGCCAUAGCAACUGGUAACUGGGGUUGUGGCGCCUUCGGUGGCGAUGUGCACUUGAAAUCACUUAUUCAACUCAUGGCUGCUGCCGUGGCGAAAAGGGAUUUAGUUUAUUUCACCUUCGGUGAUGAAGAACUGACCAAGAAUUUGCAGGAUUUUCAUGAGUUUUUAAAAACGUCAAAAGUUACUGUGGGUCUUUUGUGGAAUUUAUUAGUUCGAUACGGACGAGAGUUAAAAUCAAAGCAAGAACACAUUCCGUUGUAUCCUUACUUGAAGAAAAUCUUCAGCGACUACACAUGCGAUACAGACGACGAAGAGAGCUCGUGCAAUGAGGAAAAUCCGCUAGAAAUAAGAGGAGUUCCGUGUGAAAUACCCUCAGAUAUGCCUCCCCUUUCACCGGAAUAUGGUAACGACACUCCGUGAUAUUUGCAACGAAACCCGCUCGUGACAUUAAAUAACCGUUCUGUAACAAUAUGAAAACUUUUUUAAUUCUCGCAUCUUUUUAGAGAUUUUUUAAUUUUGCUUACAAAGGUUAUCUUAAGGGAGAAUCUUUUCCGUAAAUAACUAGAUAGAUGUACUGUCGCUUUUCCCUCUUGAUAACCUGUCAUCACCCGCUACAUUUUCAGACCACGUAAUACCCUUCACAGGGGGAGUACUUUUUGAACUAAAUGUCUGAAUUUUCUAUCUCUCUUUUAAUAUGUUACAGACGAAAAUAGUUGCAUUGUAUAUUAUGUUUUCACAUGUAGUUUAUUCAGAACAUCGAAAGAGAUGGGCUUUAGAAACACUACCCAAAUAAGCAAA